GUUUCUCGGACAUUGUCAGCACAUGUUAUUUACAUCUAAAUAUGCAACAAAACAAAUCACCAUUUCUUCAAAUCUAUACACAAAUAGCAUCUUCUUCUUCUUUUUUCCAAAACCCAAAAUCUUCAAACAAAAAAUAACACCAAAAACUCCAUUUUUUAUGUGCAACAUUGACAAUAACAUUUUUUUUUCGUGUUCAAAGGUAAUUGUUGGAUUUGCGUUGACUGAUUGUGUUAACAGCCAAUGAAAGAGGAUUAGUUAUAUUUUGUUUGGAGAAGAAGAUAUAAUUUUUUUGUGAUUUGGAAAGGGACCAAAUUAUGUUGUCUAAGGGUGAACAUCAGACGGUCCCAUUAUCUGUGUUGUUGAAGCGUGAAUUGGCCAAUGAGAAGAUUGAAAGUCCGGAGCUUUCUCAUGGUCAAGCUAGUCAGAGCAAAAAAGGCGAAGAUUUUACGUUUGUCAAGACAGAAUGCCAAAGAGUUUUGGGUGAUGGAGUAGCUACAUAUUCUGUUUUUGGAUUAUUUGAUGGGCACAAUGGGUCAGCGGCCGCUAUAUAUUCUAAAGAAAAUCUCUUGCAGAAUGUCUUGAGUGCUAUUCCUCCUGAUCUUAGUAGAGAUGAAUGGGUUGCAGCACUGCCUAGAGCUUUGGUUGCAGGAUUUGUCAAAACGGAUAAAGAUUUCCAAGAAAAAGCAAAAACCUCAGGGACAACAGUCACGUUUGUCAUAAUUGAAGGAUGGGUUGUAACAGUUGCAUCAGUUGGCGAUUCUCGAUGCAUACUUGAAUCUGCUGAAGGCGGAAUUUAUUAUCUAUCAGCCGAUCAUAGGCUUGAUUGCAAUGAAGAGGAGAGGGAACGUAUAACAGCUUGUGGUGGAGAAGUUGGUCGGCUUAAUGCUGGCGGCGGUACAGAGAUUGGUCCUUUGAGAUGUUGGCCUGGUGGACUCUGCCUCUCGAGAUCCAUUGGAGAUAUGGAUGUUGGCGAAUAUAUAGUUCCUGUACCCUAUGUGAAGCAAGUAAAGCUAACACCAGCUGGUGGAAGGCUAGUAAUAGCAAGUGACGGCGUCUGGGAUGCUUUGUCUGCUGAAUCGGCUAUUGAAUGUAGUCGUGGAAUGCCUGCAGAUGCUGCAGCUUCUCAAAUUGUUAAAGACGCCGUACAGCCAAAAGGGAUUCGAGAUGAUACAACCUGUAUUGUGGUCGAUAUACAGCUCCCAGAAAAAUCAAAUCCUCCUCCGCCACCACCACCCAAAAGGUCAGGAAAAGGAGUAUUCAAGUCUAUGUUUCGCAAGAAGACUUCCGAGUCAUCUUCUAAUAUUCAGAAAGAUUUUUGUGAACCGGAUGUUGUGGAAGAACUAUUUGAGGAAGGAUCCGCAUCACUUUCAGACAGGUUAGACGCAAAAUAUCCAGUCUGCAACAUGUUUAAGUUAUUCAUAUGUGCCGUCUGUCAAGUAGAGAUAAAGCCCGGACAAGGUGUUUCAAUACAUGCUGGCUCCUCAAAUACAAGAAGUUCACGGCCAUGGGACGGCCCUUUCCUUUGCUCAAGCUGCCAAGAGAAGAAAGAAGCUAUGGAAGGGCGGAGACCUUUUGGAGAUGGAAGAUACAGUAGUGAGUGACUAGUUAAGCAAAUAUGCAUACUAACAACUGCUUCAUAGACUAUUUACAAUUGGGAGGUAUGCCAUCGUUGUCCCAAUGGUUCUUUCUGUUUCAGUAAACAAAGAACGUGAAAUGGCUUCUGUGACUUGUGAAAUACAUGCAUUAGUGCUUCUAGUUUGCCUCCUCUAGCUCAGAAAUUGGAGCUCUGAACUGCAUAGUACAUAGUUGGGCCAUUUCUAAAAAAAAGGUUCACAUUUGGAAUAUGUUUAAGGAUAUCUUAAUUCAAGGCCUUAUUAAAGCACAUCAGAGAUAAUAUCUAUGAUUAUGUUCAAAUGUACACUAAAAUAGUGAAUUAAUGGCGUGACAACGAUCGCCAUUUUUUCGUUGUAACAUCAUUAGUUAGUAAAGUUUGAUUAGGGAUUCUUUUGAGUCUUGUUUUUGUUUUCCUCUUUGCCCUCCUCUACCAGGAGAAACUUGCUGAUCAUCUUCUUAUUAAAUUAAUUCUUAUAUUAUACAUUAAUCACUCCCUUCUCAAGCAAGAAGUGCAAGCAUUGGAAACUGGCACGUAUUUC